AUCGCCCCCCGGGAACCGACGCCCGCCCGCGGUCCCGGGGCAGCCCCUGAGGGCGCUUCCUGCUUUUGAGCUGCGCAGCCCAGCCCCCCAAACCGCGCCGGUGCCCUUGCUGGCUACCUGCCCUGCCCACAUCCCAGUUGUCCUGAUGCAGUGGCUCUGCGCAAGCCCGGGGCCCGUCGCCAAGCUGGACGUGCCGGUGGCCGGAAGUAUCGUACCCCUGUUGACAAAAGCAGUCCAGAUCCUGGGGUGGUCGUCCGAGAUAAAUGGUCUUCCCUCUGGACGCCAUGUUUCAAACAGAGGGCAAGCUCAAGCAAAGGCCCCCAGCCGCAGGACCAGGAGCCGAGCACUAGGACUGGACAUCCCAGCAAUGACCAGCUCUCCUGUCUCCAGAGUUGUCUACAACGGCAAGAGGAAUAGCAGUCCCCGCUCUCCCACCAACAGCAGUGAGAUCUUCACACCGGCACACGAAGAGAAUGUGCGCUUCAUUUAUGAAGCCUGGCAGGGUGUUGAGCGAGACCUGCACAGCCAGCUGUCCAGUGGUGAGCGGUGCCUAGUGGAGGAGUAUGUGGAGAAAGUCCCCAACCCCAGCCUGAAGACCUUCAAGCCCAUCGACCUGAGUGACCUGAAGCGCCGGAACACGCAGGAUGCCAAGAAGUCCUAGAGUGCCUGGCGCCCUCCCCUGGCCUCCAGAAGAUCAGGGUGCACUUGAUGUUGGUUUCCUGUGUUCCUGUGGCACUGCUCCUGGGGGGUGGGGGGAGAGUGUGCUCUAGCAGGCCGUAAUCCCAGAGCCAGCAGGAUUGAUGAUCAAGGCCCUUCCUUUCCUCUCCAGUGUCUCAAGUUGCCCCUGUCACUGGGGGAACAGGGGUCUGGCUGUACCCGCCCCUGUCCUUUUCCCCUGGCCAACUGCAUCUUGGGUAGCACCUGGCCCUACCUAUCCAGCCCUCUGCUGUUACCUGCCAUGCCUCGCCCCUCUCCUUCCUGGCUCCUUAAGGUCAGGAAGGAAAAAAGGGGACCUAUGUUUGGCUGUUGGAACCUUGAAAUGACCAGAAAGUAGGACAAGUGCAGUCCCACCUGCAUCCAGUGUGGCUCUCUCCGUGGGACUUGCUGUUCUUCUGCCCUGGACAUUUGGGGAGCUCUCCCUCCCAUCCCCACUGUUCAUCCUGACCCUUCCUUGCCCACUUUCAGAGUCGAAUCAGCUCUGAGACUAGGACAGUGCUGGCUCUCUGAGGGCAACCAGGUCUUGUGCCCUGGAACCUGUAGCCCUGUGGUCACAGCAGUGCCCUUGGACAGGGCAUUAAGGCUGACCCUGAAGGAGUGGUGCUGCCAGGCCUGUCCUGGCUUUCUGGGGUGUGCUGGGAGGAUUACCAAGGCCCCCUUUUUUUUGUGCCCUCUUGAAUCCAAGUGUCUGUAGCUUUGGAGACUGAGGGUCUGUAAAUAAAGGCGGUGGCACUGGAA